UUUCCUCUUACCAAAUUCUGAUAGACACUCCCCCCGUCUCUCUCUAUCUAGAGGAAGAGAACCCGCCUUUCCAGCAAACACGCGAACGACAUGGGAGGAGAGAGGACUCAAAGCGGCACAGGUGAUACUCGCGCCAUCCCCCAGGGAGAAGAGGAAUUCGUAGUGGUCGAUGAUGACGGGUUGAACCUGCAGGACAGCGGGGCGGAGCCCGCAGGACAAGACGCUGCGCCUUUUUCGCCGGGAGCGUUUCCAGCUCUAGGUGCGAGUCUCUCCGCCGGCGUGGCCUUCGCGCCUCCAUCGUCUACGACGCAGCAGAGCCAAAACCCUCGCAUGCCUUCAACGGACGCCGCCGCCGUCGGUGCUGCCGCCCCUGACGCCGCAGCAGCAGGCGCUGUGGUGGCGGCCUUGGACCUAGUCUACAAGGCCCUGUGCGCCUACUCCAUCGCGGGGUACAAGUUUCUCCACGCUAACGGUGCCGUGGCGUACAACUUCGUCUACACCCACGCGGCCAUGGUCUUCGAGUUCGUCUACGCCUACGCAGCGGUCGCGCUGCAUGAGGCCCUCGGGCUCCUGGAGGCUAUGUGCUCGUGGGUCAGGUCGGCGUGGCGGAGGUGGCAGGAGCGCGGCCUGGCGUCGGUGAAGCGCGUGGUGAAGAAGAGAUUCUUCCCGGUGCUUGUGGCGGUGGCACUGUCCCUGCUUCUUGUUCUCCCGGCCUACUGGACGAUUCCGCGCGGCGGCGACGGCGGUAACGACGACGGUCCGGAGAGGCUUUCCGUCCGUCAGUGGCAGGCUAAGUACGAUCUGCUGAGCAGCAAGUUCAGCGCGGAUACCGUGCGUCAGCGCCUGAAGUACGACAGCCUCGCGGGGAGGCACCUGGAGCUGCAGGCCGAGUAUGAAUCCCUCCUGAAGGACUAUAAGAUUCAACAAAGGGCCAAUCGGGCUCGUAGCUUGCCGAAGACCCCCCCUGAGACCUGCAGCAAGUCGGAGUCGGUCCUGGGUCCCGCGAAAGAAGCCCUCAAGUUUGUGGAACAGUCUGCGUACGAGUACUUAAGCCACUUCGCCGACGGUCUUCGCCAAGAUGUCCAUGAGGUGAAGGGGCUCUUCCAACGCAAGACUCGUUCGUGGCUGGAUUCCCUUCGCUAAAAGGUGACGUCCGCGUUGUUGUUGCUGCUGGCGCGGCCGACGGGCGGUUGAUGCUACGUUUUCGGCCGGUGUGGCAAGCGUUUCGGUUAUGGCUAUUUAUUGGUUGGCUCGUCGGGAGAGGUACGAUGGUCCCGCCGCGUUUCUUCAGCGAUCGCAAAGGAAUUCUCGGGACGAAAAUUGUGUACUCGAUGGUGUCGAUAAUAUGUCGUUUUUGCGUUCUGGUCUGGCAGUUAGCCUCGGUGGGGUUAUUUGCGGCGCGUCUUGUGACACUUUCCUGCUUCGAUGUACGUAGUGUAUUGCUGGCAAUGAUGUUGCAUGCUUGGCAAUAUGGGCCUACCAUUGCCCAAUAGAUUCCUUGAAAGAGCCGAGGAAGACUGUACGAAUUGUUGGAGCACCCUGGGAAGUCUUGUGGCCGUUGUUCACUCGUUUACAAUCACGAGGGGGGGGAGCAAAGCACUGUCUUUCACAGCGCCUGGCGGUUUCGCCAUGGCUUGGAGUGGGAAGACGGGGAGGGUUAGCGGAUAGCAUGGUGUUGAUAAUGACGCGGUGGGCGGGGGUUUGGGGCGUACCUCGUAUUGAACGAAUCGUCUGGUUUCUGCAAGACGAAGUUUACGUCUGUUGGGAACGAGGCAAGGUAGGUGCUCGGUCGAUGGCUUGCGCGAAAGCGGAUGAUUUUCUUCCAAACAACGCGUGUCGGAGGAGAUGUGGAUGGUUGGGGUGUUCGUUGUUGGUAGGGAUCGUUGGCACCCAGGUGGAUUGGGUUUCGUGUAGCGUAGACCCGAGGCUUUCUUUCGCUCUUUCGAGGACGCCUUUGUAUAUAUGAUUGAAGGACUCAAGCGUAGGGAGCUGGGAAUGGCGUAGAGGCGCAUCAUAUGCUCACCCUGGCAAAUCGAAUUGAUUGGUGCAGAAUCUCCGAAAGUUACUUUUGUUUUCAUAGUCAAAAUUUGAAUCAUGCAGUCUAUUUUCACUCGACAUGCAUAGGAGAGCAUGCUAGACAGGGUUGGGUGGAUUGCUUCUGGCAAAGAGUGAUUUGAACUUUGAGAUAAUAUAUCAGUUCCCUCCUGCUGGUUACUCAGGGAGAGAGAGAGAUGGAGCGAGAGAAGAGGAUGAAGGUUUUUUUGUUCUUUUCUCUGCGUUAAUAACUGAAGGCACCAGUUCCACACGAGGACCCCUUCUGGGUGACCCGGGCUGGUGUCUCAAACACACACUCUAUGGCACGAGGCGUUUACGCACCUUGGUGCCUGGAGUAUAUGGGACGAAAGAACCACACGACGCGAUACCCGUAGAGCCGUUGCUGAAUGAAAUAGCCUGCCUUUCUUCCACCGCGCAAGUUAGUGUUGCCCCAAGCCUUGUGUAGCCGACAGCUCAUCUCUUUCCCGCCUUCCU